AUGGGUGGGGGGAGGGAAGCAGAGCUUGUUUUCAAGUGGUCACCUCUGGGAAAGCUCCCAGCAGGAGACAGUGUCCUAUGGCUCGAAGAUGACUUUUCCCGCUCUCCUUCCAGAAUUGGCCUGAGGAAGAUGCCAUCCAUCAGAGAGACGCUGCGGGAGAUGGGUGUUUCUGUGGAGCAGGUGUUGACAGAGCUGGAGCAGAAGAGCACAGACGACACGAACAACGGGACCGCUCCGACACCUCUAACCAACUAUUUGGAUACUCAGUACUAUGGAGAAAUCAGCAUCGGCUCUCCGGCCCAGAUGUUCAACGUGGUGUUUGAUACAGGCUCAGCGAACCUGUGGGUGCCCUCGCAAAGCUGCUCCCCAUUCUCCACUGCCUGUUUUACUCACAACAGGUACGAUGCCUCCAAAUCCCGGACCCACGUGGAGAACGGAACUGGUUUUUCCAUUCAGUACGCCUCUGGGAACAUCAGGGGAUUUCUGAGUGAAGAUGUGGUGGUGGUUGGUGGUAUUCCUGUGGUGCAGGUGUUUGCUGAGGCCACCUCUCUGUCUGCCAUGCCCUUCAUCUUCGCCAAGUUUGACGGAGUCCUGGGGAUGGGUUACCCAAACGUGGCCAUCGACGGCAUCACUCCGGUGUUUGACCGCAUCAUGUCUCAGCAUGUCCUCAAGGAAGAGGUGUUCUCUGUCUACUACAGCAGGGACCCAAAACACUCUCCAGGCGGAGAGCUGGUCCUCGGUGGCACAGACCCAAACUACUACACCGGAAACUUUAACUAUAUGGGCACCAGAGAGACGGGCAAAUGGGAAGUAACCAUGAAAGGUGUUUCCGUGGGGAUGGAGAUGAUGUUUUGUGCAGAGGGCUGCACAGCUGUGAUCGACACGGGUUCCUCCUACAUCACAGGCCCGGCCUCCUCGGUGUCCGUGCUGAUGAGAACCAUCGGUGCACAGCAGGAUGAAAGCGGAUACAAAGUCAACUGUGACACCGUCAAGACGUUGCCCAGGGUCACUUUCCACCUGGGUGGCCAGGAGUACUCACUCACUCACGAGGAUUAUAUCUUAUGGCAAUCACAGAUCGAAGGGGAAGUCUGCACUGUCACGUUUAGGGGCUUGGAUGUGCCACCCCCUACAGGUCCAAUCUGGAUUUUGGGAGCCAACUUCAUCGCCCGCUACUACACAGAGUUUGACCGUCGCAAUAACCGGAUAGGGUUUGCUACAGCAGUGUGACAGGAAUUGAAACAUGUGACACGUCUCUCUGUUUUCUUUCUCUCUAUCUUUGCUGCUAUUUUCUCUUUUUUCCCUUCAGUUGCUUUUUAAGAUAACUCAACAUCGUUCUUCGUUUCUUGGAAAUCCUGCUUACCUUUCUAUAAUAUUUUGUACUAGUUGCACUGACACCUUCAAAACUUUUUUUUAUUAUUUAUGAGCAUUUACCAGCAAAUGCAAAUGCAUUUCUCUUUGUGUGACUCUGCUGAUUAUUAUCAUUCAGCAACAGCGGAAAUCUAUAUCUGCACUGUACUGACAUAACAAGGAUAAACUUGUUUACUGGGGUUUGAAUUCAAUUUGACUUUAUUAAGGACUGCAUCUUCUCCCUGCAAGUCAGUCGAGUGCAUUUUGUAACCACGUGAGAGUAAAAGUGGCAGUCAAAAUCAGAUAGCUGUAGCAGAUAUACAGUAAUAGGCCACACCAGAUCAGUUGCAGAAGAAUUUGCCAGUCUUAACACAAAACUGUGUGUACGUGCUGUGUUUGGGUCAAAAAGUCAAACAACUGGACACAAGUUGGAGUUGGAGUUGCUUCCAUACGGCGUACAACUCUUGUAAACAAAAGUUUGUGAUCCCUGACUUUUUCCACUGCAAAAAAGUCACUUUUUGGUAUAAAAACAAAGCCACAAUCAUUAAUUUUGUUACCCAGGAAACAAUGGUUUAGAGUUGAAAUCCUGUUUUUAGUAUCAGAGUAAAA